AUGGUAGUCGACAUGUUUUUAUAUCUCAACCUUAUUCUUCACGAUUUGCCUAGCUUCAUCGUAGACAGAGAUAUCUUACCUUUGUUCACGCGAUGGUGUGCAUUCACUUACUAUACUGAGUCACAUAGUUGGUAUUUCGACUUUACUAAGCCUUACUCAAAUGUGUAUCGAAUUGUAAAUCUUAUCUUACAGGGAAUAUGCGUCGUGUUUAUAGUUAUAACCGACACGCUCAUCAUCUGGAAAAUUUACUACCUACGCCGUUCUGGUAAACAAGCCAUAGUUCUGACGCCUCAACAUGCUUUCGCAAAGAGGAGAGGCAAUUCUCGAGAAGUUCGGUUGGUGAAAAACUUCUUGCUGUUGAGUAUAUGUUUUUUGCUAAUGACUAUAUGCUUCAAUUUACAUUUAGGAUUUGGUUUUUGGAUGGAUCUAGCCACAAAAUCUACAAGUCUCCUCAAUCUAGCAAAAUGGGCAAUAUAUGGUCUGGGAAAUCCUGUUAUACGUAGCAAAGUCCUGCAUCCAUUUGAAAUCCGCAAAACUAUCACCAAGCCUACCUCUACACCUACGAGAAUCAAGCCAGACUUUACAUAA